AUGGCAGAUGUGAAUGCUCAUGUUAAGGAUGCUUCAAUCUUCACCAUAAACGAGUUCACCAUAAUCAGUGGUAGCAAUUCUAGUGAGCCUAUCCUCAAGGUCUGGAAUGACAGCCCCCAGAUUAUGCCGUACAAUAGUGCCCACCAUUGUGUUGUGGAAGUAGAAAAUUUCUUAUUCGUACUGGGAGGAGAAGACCAGUGGAAUCCUAACGGAAAGCAUAGUACGAACUUUGUCAGCCGAUAUGAUCCUAGGUUUAACAGCUGGAUACAACUUCCACCCAUGCAAGAGAGGAGAGCCAGUUUUUAUGCCUGUCGACUUGAAAAAAACUUGUAUGUGAUUGGUGGAAGAAAUGAAAGUGGGUACUUGUCUAGUGUGGAGUGCUAUAAUUUAGAGACAAAUGAAUGGCGUUAUGUAUCUUCCCUACCACAGCCUUUAGCAGCACAUGCAGGAGCUGUACAUAAUGGCAAAAUCUAUAUUUCAGGAGGAGUUCACAAUGGUGAAUAUGUCCCCUGGCUGUACUGCUAUGAUCCUGUUAUGGAUGUCUGGGCAAGAAAACAAGACAUGAACACAAAGAGAGCCAUCCAUACACUGGCUGUAAUGAAUGAUCGACUGUAUGCAAUUGGAGGAAAUCAUUUAAAAGGUUUUUCCCACCUUGAUGUCAUGCUUGUGGAAUGCUAUGACCCAAAAGGAGACCAGUGGAAUAUUUUGCAGACUCCCAUUUUGGAGGGUCGUAGUGGUCCUGGAUGUGCAGUCCUUGAUGACAGCAUUUACCUUGUAGGAGGCUAUAGCUGGAGCAUGGGAGCCUACAAAUCUUCCACUAUUUGUUACAGUCCCGAGAAAGGCACCUGGACAGAGCUUGAAGGAGACGUAGCCGAGCCACUUGCAGGACCUGCUUGUUCUACUGUCAUACUACCAGCGUGUGUGCCGUACAACAAAUAA